ACUUAACUUUCAUAAAUGUUAAAUCCUUGCAGUCUAAAAUUGGUUUUAGAUACCUGCUCUCCAAUCAUGAGCUCAUUCAAAUAUCUUCUGCUAUUUGUUACACAUAAAAUAUAAUUAAUUACAUUAGGUAAUGCGAGAAAAAUAUCUCAAUCUUUAGCAUCUUUAUAUUUGAAUUUGAAUUUGCAUCGUAAAAUCGCAUUAUCUUACUCUGACGAUCAUGGAGACAGUUGUGAGCAUCGAUGCUCCCGACGCUGUGAUUCCAGACACCUUAGAAGCCCAAGCGAUUCUAUGGAAUAAAACCUUUAGUUUCGUAAAAUCCAUGUCCCUAAAAUGCGCCGCCGAACUCCGCAUCCCCGACGCCAUCCUGUGCCAUGGCACGCCGACAACCAUCUCAGACCUCAUUUCCUCUCUCUCCAUCCCCGAAGCAAAAUCCCGCCACCUCCGCACAUUGAUGCGCAUCCUGUCCCAAGACGGCAUAUUCAAAUCCCAAAUCACCCUAUCCGGCGAAGAAACCUUCGACCUCACUCCUGUUUCACGCCUCCUCACCACCACCUCCGUCUCCCAACGACGUCUCAAUUACACCCCCUUCAUCCUCACGCAGGUCGAAAACCACAUCAUAAAUUCGUACCAUCAACUCUCCCACUGGUUCCAUAGGCCGGACGUAACCAUAACGCCGUUCGAGAUGGCACACGGUAAAACGUUAUGGGAGCUCGCGGGGAAGCUGCCAGAGUUCAACGAUUCUUUUAAUAAGGGGAUGGCUUGCGACUCCGCGUUUGUUGCAGAUGUUAUAAAGAAUAUCGGCGGGGAAGUUUUUCGUGGGAUUGGGACGUUGGUGGACGUCGGAGGUGGAACCGGCUUGAUGGCAGCUGCGUUGGUGGAGGCUUUUCCGGGGUUGCAGUGCACUGUUUUUGAUCUUCCACAUGUCAUCGACACGGCAGAGAAGACAGAGGGGAUUCAGUUCGCCGCCGGUGACAUGUUCGUGGAGAUCCCAGCUGCUCAUGCUGCUCUGCUUAAGUGGAUAUUGCAUGAUUGGAAUGAUGAAGCGUGCAUCAAGAUACUCGAACGUUGCAAGGAAGCGAUUCCAUCCAAAGAAAAUGGUGGAAAAGUGAUUAUAAUCGAUAUGGUAGUUGGUGUGGGCGUCAACGCUCAAAUUGCACUGGAGACGCAGCUUUUACUUGAUUUACACAUGAUGACUUUAUUUGGUGGAAAGGAAAGAAAUGAAACUGAAUGGAGCAAGCUAUUUAUUGCUGCAGGUUUCAGUGGCUAUAAGAUAACAGCCUCCAUUGUUUUAAGAUCUAUUAUUGAAGUUUAUCCUUAAUUAAUUAGCAUUUGAUCCCAAGCAUUAUUAUUAUUGUGACUCUUGCUACGAUUGUUUGGAUUUUUCAUUUCUCUUGAUUUUAGUUUGGAGCUAAUAAUGUUGG